AUGUCUGGCCUCAAGAAGAUCGUCAUCGUCGGUGCGAGCGGCAACACCGGCUCCUCCAUCCUCAAGCAUCUCCUCGCCAUCAACAAAACCAUCUCCAUAACCAUCGUCUCCCGCACAGACUCGUCCGCAACCUUCCCCUCCUCCUCCCAAAUCACCGUCAAGAAAGGCUCCUACAGCGAUGCAGCCUUUCUCCAGUCAGCCUUCCAAGGCAACGAACUCGCGGCUUUCUGCCUGGCCCACAGCGGCGCUGGGGACCAGCCUAAGCUAAUCGAGGCGGCGGCCAAGGCGGGCGUCAAGUAUAUCGUUCCGAACGAGUACUCUUUGGAUGCUUUGACGGGCGAUUUGGCUUCGCAUCCCGUGAUCGCGCAGAAGGUCGCUGCGAGGAAGUUGAUUCGCGAUGCCGGCAUGAAGCAUAUCUCUCCUGUGACAGGGCCGUGGACGGAGCUUAGUGUGACCUGGGGUCUGUUCGGUAUCGAUGUCCGGAAUCGCCAGGCAACUCUGUACGAUGAUGGUGGCGAGAACAACACCGCCUCCAUAAGCCAAGUCGGUCUCUCCAUCGCAAAGGUAUUAUCACUGCCCGUGACAUCGUCAGAAAACCCACGAGCAUCUCUGGAGCACUACGCGAACAACUUCAUCUACAUCUCCUCUGUCUGCACGACUCAAGCCAAGAUCUUCGAUUCCGUCAAGAAGGCCACGGGGACUGCUGACGCCGACUGGGAGAUUAAGCAUAGCACUAUCGCGGAGCUUGAGAAGAGCGGGCCUAUGCAUGGGUUGUAUAGCUAUUACUUGGGAAAUGGGAAGGGCGGUAAUUUCGAAGAGAAGGCGAGAGAGGAUCGAGAGGCGCUUGGUAUCGAGGAGGAGAACUUGGAUGAGGUCGUCAGAGCGGCUCUGACGCCUGCUUAG